UAUUUAUUUAUAUGUUCAAAAAAAAAAAAUUAUUUAUUUAUUGGUUUGGGUAGAGACUUCCUAAACUUUUGAAGCUUUACAGAAAUGGUGAGAAUCGAAGUAGACGAGAACGAAGACCUCGUUUCCACUCCCCCAAAUCCAAAACCCUCUUCUUCCCAAAACCACCCUAACCACGACGACGGCUUCGAGACCGCCAGCGAUGGCGAAUUCGGUGGCAGCGAUGACGACGAACACCACCACCAUCGCCAACCCCAGAAUCACCACCGAGAACAAGUUGUUUCCCCUAUUGAUAAUGAUAAUGAUGACGAUGAGCUCAAUCAGAAAGCCUUAGCACAAGCAAAUGAUGCUAAAUUGGAAGGCAAUCAACUCUACAGUAGUGGGCAAUUUGAGGAGGCACUAUCAAAAUAUGAAUAUGCUUUACAACUUGCACCCGAGAUGACUUCAUCUGUGGAAAUACGUUCUACGUGCCAUUCAAACCGUGGAAUAUGCUAUUUGAAGCUGGGAAAAUAUGAGGAAACAAUCAAAGAAUGCACAAAAGCAUUGGAAUUAAAUCCAUCAUAUAUAAAAGCUCUGUUAAGAAGAGGAGAGGCUCAUGAGAAGCUUGAACAUUUUGAGGAGGCUAUGGCUGAUAUGAAAAAAAUCUUGGAGCUGGAUCCUACAAAUGACCAAGUCAGGAAAGCAAUUCGUCGUUUGGAGCCACUAGCUGAAGCCAAACGAGAAAAAAUGAAAGAAGAGAUGAUUGGGAAGCUAAAAGAAAUGGGAAACUCUUUGUUGGGUCGCUUUGGAAUGAGCAUCGACAACUUCAAAACCGUCAAAGAUCCAAACACUGGCUCGUAUUCUGUUUCGUUCCAACCUUAGUUAUGUUGCGGGUCCAUUUUUAUGUGCAGGUAAAAAAGAAGCUAAGGACUUGAUAGGAAUUCAAAAUCUAUGGAAACUGUUUCGGUCAUAUGAGUGUGAACACUAUAAAAUCGUCAUGUAAUCUUGUUAGUUCCAUGAGAUUUUAAAUUAAUGAUUGAAACAUUUUGCUUCUGAAUGAGAGUUUGAUACUGUGACUUUGAAUUAUUUAUCAGUUUUAUAUUAUGGUGGAGUUUGGUGUAAUGGAAUGGUAAUAGUAACGGCGAUGGUCAUAAAUUGUAAUAAUAAUAUUAAUGGGAAUAAUGUUAUGAUGUUUGAUUUAUUUUUAGAAUGGUAAUAAGAAUAAGUUAUGUAUUGUCAAAAA